UAGCAUGGGAGAUAUUCGUGGUACGCUACAGUCCCUGAUCUAUUCAUACAAUCAAUUGGAUAAUAAAUUGGAAAGACAUGAACAUCGAGAGCGAGCCUUGGGAGAAUUAUUGAAAAAGGGCAUGAUGCAGUUACAGAAGGGACAAAACAAUUUACAACCACUUAAUGGUAUAUUUUCACGUUUGGAUGAGAGGGUUAGCCAAAUAGAAACUUUAUUAAUAGCGCAAGAAGAAAAAUACAAUAUACAAACGGAAAAAAUGAGUGAAGCAUUGCAGCGCAUAUUCAAAUGGAUGCAAGAUAAUGAUGAAUGCUAUAAACGUCCACCGGUAAUGCCGGUUGCUGUGACACCAGCACCACCAGUCGCCCCCAAGCCAGAACCAUCCCUGGCCCCAGCCUUUGUUAAGGCACAAGAAGAAUUCAAUAAGAAAAUGACAACUGACAUGGAGAAAUUAUCAUCGAAUGUUGCCAAACUUUUAGAUCUUUCGCAGAAUGUUAUGGAACAAACCGAAGUGGUAUUCAAGAGCAGUCCCGCCACACAAGAUAUGCUUUCGAAAAUUGAAGAUCAUUUGGUUAGCUAUAGUGUUGCGACACCAGCACCACCGCCACCACCACCUGCUCAAAUUAUUGUUCAAGCACCAAAUAAUACAGAAUUUGAAAAUAAAAUUUUCAAUAUGUUAGAGGGUGUCCACACGGGUUUAACGGAACUCAAGGAAAUGCCUAAAUCUGCGGAAGGACUUACAGCCGGCGAUCGGGAAUUCAUACACACAUUGAACAAUGAAACUCUCACUGUUUUGGAAAAUAUCAAAGCCACAACUUUGGGAGUAAGCGAUAAAGUAAUAACAAAAACAACGGAAAACAUACAACAAGCUCAAGAUCACAUCGAUGCCAAUAUCAAUCAAGUACAAAUGAAAGUAUUAGACUCAUCCGCCCUGCUGCAGCAAUUCUACAACGAAAUGAAUCGCAGCUUUACCAAAUUCAAUGAAGGUCUAGAAAUUGUCGAUAAAUUUAAUAACAUCCUCAUGACCAAUUCCGAAUAUGUAUUAGAUACACAGCGCAAGGUGGAAUUUGGUACUGUACAAAUAAUACAAAAAAUCACCGAUCAUUUGGAAAAACAACGUGACGCGAUCUUUGAGGCGUUCAAAGAACGUUUCGAUAAUGUUGAUGAACUGAUGAUCAGCAAUCAAUUGGAAACAAUGCAAAAUUUCUCCGCCCUCAUUGAAUCGGAAAUAACACAGGUAUGGCAUCAAAUCUCCAUAAUGCAUGAGGAAAUUAUGGAUACCAAGGAUAUUCUGAAGACAAUUGAUGCACGCAAUGAAGCGUCAGUGAACAGUACCUAUAGCAGUGUUAAUGCCAUGGGCAUCAAAGUGGAAGAUGUUAAGUCGCGUAUGCUCGAUAUGGAUUCCAAUUUGAAUUAUCUGCUGGGUAAACUUUCAAUUAUCUCACAAGAAUUUAUCAAUAUUAAACAAGGUUUGGGUGAGUCACUGGAAGAUUUGCGCAAAACAUUUGAUGCCAUCCAGGGUAAAUUGCCCGAAAUAACAGGGGUCAAUUCGAAUUUGGCUAAAUAUGAGACGGAAUUGAAAUUGCUACCAAAACGUAAUAUAUUAAAUUAA